CUGAGAAGUUCACCAGGGGAAGUGUGUUUUCCAGGAGGCAAAAGUGAAGCAAUUGAUAAAGAUGAAAUUGAUACUGCUCUCCGAGAAGCUAAAGAAGAAGUGGGACUUCAGCCAGAGAAGGUGGAAGUCAUCUGUAGACUUGUGCCUGGAAUUGAUAAAAUGAAUCACUUGGUAACACCAGUUGUAGGAUUUAUAGAAGAUACAUUCCAGGCCACUCCUAAUCCAGAUGAAGUGAGCGAUGUUUUCGUCGUGCCAUUGGACUACUUUGUUGAGCCCGUAACGUACAAGCCCUUGCCUUAUACAACCUGGUCUGGUUACUCAAGUUGGAUGCACUGCUUUACAUAUGACGACCCUGAACAUAAAAUGUCAUUCAAGAUAUGGGGCCUUACUGCGCAGUUUGCUGUAUUUCUUGCUCUUGUAAUUUUUGGAAAGAGACCUACCUUUGAAGUUGAUUAUGAUCUUGACAAUUUAAUUUCAUCCUCUGAGAAUAACUUCAUGAAUUUAUAUGCAUCCUUAUAUGAAAGAAAGAAGAGUAAUCUAUGACAAACUGGUCUG